UUAACUUAAUUUUCGCUCUGUAUAUUUCAUCGGAGAGAAAAUAUCAUUUUUGACAAUUUGUUGGGAAAUUUUCACAGACGCUUUUAUUGUUUAGUCAAAUUGUUAAUUAAAUUUAUAAACAUUGUAAGCAACUGAUAAUCAAUGAAUUCGAGUAUUACAAUUGAACGUAAACGCGUAGAUUGCAACUCGUUGCCAAAAGGUUGGCAAAGAGAAGAAGUUCUUCGCAAGUCUGGUAUAUCAGCUGGUAAAGUCGACGUCUACUAUUACAGCCCCACGGGUAAAAAGAUUGAAAGCAAGCCACAAUUAGCACGAUGUCUUGGUGAUGCAAUUGACAUUGGAUCGUUUGAUUUCCAAAGCGGCAAAUUCGUACGUCAUAUGCCACCACCAUCUAUUUCGCUUUUCCGUUGCAGUAGCAUAAGUAACAACAACGGAAGUAGUGGGAGUACAAGUGGAAAUGAUAAUACUUCAAUGCCGCCACCACCACCACAAUACAGUGGCGGCAACACUUUAUCCCUAUCCGUGUGUUCCUCUCCAAUUUCUUCACAUUCACCUAUAACUAAUUCCAACAUAUUACAACCACUAAUGCCAAACACAACAUCUCACACCUUAAAGCGCAAAUUCAAAGCGCAGUCCCAAUUCCAAUCUCAAAUUCAGAAUCAGUCACAGACGCAUCAGUUACAAGGCAUGCAUACAAAUGUCAUUAGUAGCGGUUGUGCCCCAUCGAGCGCAUGUGGUGCUGCAACUACACCAGCAGCGAAUUCACGUCAGCAAUUAGAUUUCAGUCGCGCACCACGCACAGACGCCUCUUUGGUGCCACCCAUACGACAAACCGCAUCGAUUUUUAAACAACCAGUCACCGUAAUUCGAAAUCAUGAACAUACAAAAGUACGCAAUGACAACACUAAACAGGCAAGCGGCCAAGAGAAACCAAAGCAAAUGUUUUGGGAAAAAAGAUUGGAAGGUUUACGUGCGUGCCAUCCUACCGGUGAAGAGUUUGAUGAUAUUGCACUACCGAAAAGUAUACGUGCCAUCGGACCGAAUGUUAAUGAGCAAACAGUGCUACAAUCAUUGGCUACAGCACUGCAUGUACUAAACGUACCUGUAAUGGGCCAGGAAUCUACAAAGACUGAGAUGAAUAAAAAUGCUACAGCAUUUAUAAAUCCCGAACAACCGCUCAUGCAAGCAGUUUUAGUGUCAGAUGACGACAUACGACGACAAGAGGAUCGAGUUAACGUGGCUAGAAAGAAAUUGCAGGAUGCACUUAAAGCUUGAGUUAAACCUUUUAGAAAGUAAAGCUCGCUCUCAAAUAUACAUACAUAAGUAUGCACUAGCAUAGUUUUACUAUCGUAACGAAAUAGCAUUUUAAGUGGUAACUCAUAAGUCAUUUUGUGUUUUUAAUUUACUCGCUGAAGCUUUCAAACGAUGUCUUCAAAUAAUUACAGCAUAUAAAGAAAUUUAUACAAACCUAAAUUAUUGUCCUUUCUUUACAAAAUAGUUACGGUUAGGUGAAUGCCGAAAAAAUUUUGCUCAUGCAUACUCAAAGAACACCUCACAAAAUUUAUAAGGAAAUUAAAAGUUUUGGUUGUAAAGUUUAAAACUAAUUAUAAAUUUUAUUAUCAAACUAAGACUUAAAAGUGAUUAUAUAUAACAGUUGGCGGUAGAUCGGAAACUUUGUUAAAAGUGUUGUUUUUGGUAUAAUGAAAUGAGUUGGCAUACGCCAGAGAAUUUCGGUAGUUCCAUACAUAUUUUUUUUUGGAAGGCAAUUGUUUUCCUAACGACUCGCAUCAUUAAUCCAUUUCGUCGUCUUCCAACGCUUCAUCAUC